AUGAAAAUACAUUUGUUAGAUACUCAUAAUAUUAGUAAAGCUAUUGCAAUAAAAUGUAAUAAAAAAGAAUUAACAUGCAAUCCUCAACAAUCUGAUGAAAUUAAACCAUAUCAUCCUUCUAAACAAGAAUCCUUAACUCAAAAUGUUGUAGGAUUUGUUAUUAAUACAAUACAACUUUUAUGUAUUAUAGAG